UUGAACAUAUAAUACGGCCACGCAGAUUCUUCAUCUUGUGAGUCUUUGCCAACAUUUUAGAAGUGAGAAUUCGGUGAUUUUAAGUGACAGAAGGAAUGAAGAUGCCCCUGGGUCUGCUCAUCUUCUGGCUGUACCUGGACUGCGUAAGCAGUGAGCAGGAGGUGAGGCAGAGUCCUGAAGCUCUGAGUGUCCGAGAAGGUGACAACUUGGUUCUCAACUGCAGUUACACCGACAGUGCAGUAUACUCCCUUCAGUGGUUCAGGCAAGAUCCCGGGAAAGGUCUUACACUUCUGAUCAUACUUCGGUCAAAUCAGAGAGAUGAAAGCAGUGGAAGACUUAAAGCCUCAUUGGAUACAUCUUCAAGACGUAGCUCUUUAUACAUUGCAGCAUCUCAGCCUGGUGACUCAGCCACCUACCUCUGUGCUGCUGGGCACAGUGCACAGCCGGGCUGCGGGGCACAGUCCCCAGCCGGCGCCUGCAUCUGCUACCUAAACCCUGGCUGA